UGAACUUGGCAUGGCCUAGAAAUUUCAUGUUUUCAAUUUGGGUCCUAUAAGUGUAUCUUUGUCAAAUUUUUCAAAGAUCUACUACUCUUUAAAAUUGAUGUUGUUGAGGUUCAAAGAAACUACCAUUUUCAAAGCAUAAUAUAAAGUUUCCCCAUGUCUAAGUUAUAUUCUAUCGCCUUCUGUCUUAUGUCAAGGAGAACGUUACAAUGUUCAGAUAUAAGAACAGUAUUUGUGUCAAGAUUACCUUUUCGUUAUGAUCGCAAUUUAAGCUGUUCAACUAUUAGAAAGGACUCCAACUUAUCAAGUCUAGUUGCCAAAGUGUUGAAGCGAACAUCCCAAAUUGAUGUCAUGGUCUCUACCAUUCCCCAAACAUUGCUCUCCAAACAUGUUGAAAUACUGCUCAGCCUUGAGGCUCAUCCUGAUGAAAUAGUUGAUUUAUUUGUGAAAAAACCAGUCCUUGUUCAGUCAAAGACACUAGUGCCAUUAGUAAAUAUUUUGAAAUCCUAUGGCAUAGAAAAUGAAAAAGUGGUAAUGCUCAUUGGCAAAAACAACAAUUUCCACGACACAAAUCCUGAAAAGAUCGCAACUUGCUUUGAAUGUUUACGAAAAAUUGGAUUAUCAAAUGAGGAAAUUUUGAACCUUUUUCUUAAAAACCAGGACAUUAUUCAUGUGAGUGUAAAGGAAUUGAAUACCCGUUUUAAUGAAUUGAAGAAGUUAUUCAGCUCAGAGCAUUCCUUGCGAUUGAUGAAAACUAUGCCUUUGAUUAUAACUGAGAGUAUUACGGAUAUUAAGGAAAAGUUCAUGUAUGUACACUACAGUAUGGGCAUGUCUCAACAUCACAUGAUAUCAGCUUCACUCUUCCGACAUUCUUUGAAACAUGUGAAAAAAAGACAUACUUUUCUGGAACGUGCUGGAUUGUUUCAAAAACCUAGGAAGAAAGAUUCAAAAACAAGCACAAACACUCUGCUUAAAGACAUCAUCAACACAACCGAUGCCAAAUUUGUUCAAAUUUACUCAAAAACUAUGACAGCUGAGGACUAUUCCACAUUUUGUAAGUUAGUGGAGAAGGAGAUUGACUUUACUGUUCCUGAACAAAUCAACAUGGAUUCAGACAUGCAAUAAAUUUAUAAAACACGUU